GUGGCGUGUUGCGGUGACUGGAAACAGAGUCGGAGUGAGACCUCCUGCUCCCGGUCCUCUGACGGUGAAACGGAAGACAUUUUGAGCUGCCUCGGUCGCUCCGGUUCGUUAUUUGAGUGUCGGCCUGAAGUCAGGGCUGACGUGCUGGAGAGACAGUCUCCAGACUGAGCUGCAGACGGUGAAAAAACGAUUUAAGGAAACAGUUAGUUUGAAGUUUAACCGGCGUUUGUGCAGCACAGCUAGCUAGUUAGCGCCCUCAAGCCAGCCACAAAAGCUAGCGAAGUCCUAGAUGCUAGUUAGUUAGCGUCACCUAGCUGGCCUGCCCUCCUCCUCCUCCUCCACCUCCUCCUCCUCCUCGACAGCCGGUCCCUUCACGCAGACACAAUGGCUUUAAAACGAAUUUCCAAGGAGCUCACCGAUCUGUCCCGAGACCCCCCGGCUCAGUGCUCCGCCGGGCCUGUCGGCGAAGACAUGUUUCAUUGGCAAGCUACUAUUAUGGGGCCUCCUGACAGUCCCUAUCAGGGCGGAGUAUUCUUCCUGACUAUUCAUUUCCCCACAGAUUAUCCCUUCAAACCACCCAAGGUCGCCUUCACAACAAGAAUUUAUCACCCAAAUAUUAACAGUAACGGCAGCAUCUGCUUGGAUAUAUUGAGGUCACAGUGGUCUCCAGCAUUAACUAUCUCUAAAGUCCUUUUGUCCAUUUGUUCUCUGUUAUGUGACCCGAACCCCGACGACCCGCUAGUGCCAGAGAUCGCCCGCAUCUACAAAACAGACCCCAGUAGGUACAACAAGACAGCUCAGGACUGGACUCAGAAAUACGCCAUGUGACCCCCUUCUCACUGCUGGAACAAACUGUUUUUCUCAUGAGGCCACGCCCCCCUCCCCCUCUCAGCGGCCAAUAACAGCAAUUUGUUCACGUUUCCUUUUUGUCCCCUUCCUCGACUUUAAAUGCUUUUAAAUCCUUGAUUUGCCCUUUUUCUCUGCUUCCUAAAAAAAGAAAUAAACCGAGUGAAGAAGGGCUGCGGACUCUGAGCUGUGAAUGUGCCAACUGCGAAACUAAACCACAAACCAGAGUGGACUGAAGAGAACUGUUACAAUAAAUAAGAAUAUCAAUAAGAUAAUUUAAUGCAUGUCAGUGAUUGGUUCACGUGCUGCUGAGAUUUGUCCACUUUUUAAAAAAAAAAAAAAAGAAAAAGAAACGACAGCUUUUUGGUUUUAUUCUGUUGUUGUUGUUUUUUGUUCCCGAGGUUUUGUUUUUAGACGAGAGCCGUUAGUUCAUCCAUCAUCCUCAACACUGUUCUCUUUUUGCACUGAAGACGAAACUCGAAGCUCUCAAUGGCUGAUUGAUCAACUAAUAGCUCUGUGAUGUUUUUUGUUUCUCAAUAAAGUUGAACAAAUUGCA